AUGAACGUGAACUGUGAGUUCACCGACAAGGUGCCCCCAAUGAAUAGACAUAAGGCGAAACAAAUACCAGAGGGCCCAGAGACUGUCUGUUUUGUGGACUUUGAGGAUCCAGUCGUACACAGCAAAGCAGAAGACAAAAAUGAUGAUAUGAACUCCUCAAGGGAGUUCUCUUCCAACGCUUCAGAAUUGUCAAGCUACACUAGUUUUUCUACUUCUUUAUCCGAAAUUGUCCCAACUCAGAUAGAGAAAGAUGCAAUUCAAAUCUCCAUUGAGGGUACGGAAGGUAAUCAUGACCUGGAAAUUGCUGGCAAGAGCCUUGGUGCCGUGCCCAUACAGGGGCACACUGCGAUGACGGAUCCAACUGAAGACGAAAUUGAAAGCGACGAACAUGAAUGCCAAUUUGUGUAUCUAUAUCAUAGUGGCUACCUGGAUCCAUUUUUGCUACAAAAUAGUGCAGCCUUGCAUUUAAAGUAUGGAAAAUCGCAUCUUAAAACUCUUGACAGUUCCUGCCAACCCCAGAUGCAGAUAAUGAUUGAAAACGGAAACGAGUCAAACAAUACUGGACUGGAAACAUCGACUUUUCAUCCUCACACGUCUAAUCUAUUUGAGAUAUUUUUGAAGCACGUCAACACACACUUUCCAGUCGUAUCUGCAGCCGGCUUUCAAAAGCUUAUCAACCAAAAUAAAGCUUGCUUUCUGCUCUUGACAGCUCUAAUUCUAGCAACUGACAGCUGGCAAAAAGACCCACAACUGACUCUUAUGGAGCGGCCCGAUGUGGAUUUGGUGGUCAGGCAAGUCACACAGUCAAUACUAUCCGAAGCGUCUAACCCGUCUCUUGCAGUUAUGCAAUCCAGUCUGCUUCUGUCUCAAAAACUAUUUCUGAAUGGGUUCGGCAUUGAUGGCACACCCGAGCUUGCCAUUUUGAGUGUAGCGUACACGCUGGCACAGACUAUGGGGAUUAACAUUGACUGCACACAGUGGAACAUUUCUUCUUGGGAGAAGAAAAUCAGAAGGCGUCUCUGGUGGACACUGUAUAUUCAAGAAAAAUGGUUUUCUUUUUCCCUUGGCCGCAGAAGUCAUAUAUCCAAAACAGACUGGAAUGUAUGCCCGCUCACUGAAUUCGACUUCGAAAACAAUUCUCCUUCUGACAGCAACGAACAAGCGCGUCAUAGUAACAGGUUGUUCUGCUUGAUGGCAGAAAUGACAGAACUCAUAGACGGUAUUGCGAGUGAAUUCGACAAACACAUCUCUCUCGAUGCAGCGUAUAAAGCAGCUGAUCUUCACUUGACAAGAAUCGCAGAAUUCGAAACUAAACACUCUGAUUAUUUCAGAUUGGAGAACAGUAAAUACCCUGACUCCCCUAUCGCUGCACUAGUAAUAGCUAGCGUUACUGCCAAGGCGACAAUACACAAAACAGUGCUUCAUCGAAUACUGUCACAGAAGCAGGAGAAAUCGAGUGAUUUGGACGACGACUGCAAACACCGAACAAUAUCACAAGAGGCUAUACGACGGAGCAUUCAACUUUGUGCGGAGAUAUUAGAUAUACUUGGACGGCUCCGGCCAUACCAUUUUGAUUCCUUCUGGUACUCCUGGGCCAGAUUCAACUUUGCUACCAUUUCGAGCUUUUUCUUACUUUUGAACCAGGUGACAUCCAAACACCAGGAGGAGCAGGUAAUCAAACUGCAAAUGACAAAGCUCCAGUACUUCAUCCAGUCCAGGCUGCCGAUUUUCAGCCACCUGGGACUAGCAUCCCGAGUUCUAGAGUUGAAAAGAACUUGA